UUCCGCCUCAGCCUCAGCCUCAGCCUCAGCCUCAGCCUCUCCCCUCCUUUCAUCUAUUCUGUAUCAUACUCUCAUCCCAACUCUAUAUCUCCCAUUUCAUUCUUUAUCAAGCACUCCUAAAGCCUCACACACAGUCACUCUCACUCACUCCAGCUCCACCACGGCAGACGGCAGUCACGGUACCAGCUGAAACGGUCACGGCGACGGCGGCAGCAGCUCACGCAAUCGCACGGCAUUAAAAGGAAGUUUCAACCAUGAACAAGGGUAAGAUUUUUAAGCUAGCAAAGGGGUUCCGUGGAAGGGCGAAGAACUGCAUAAGAAUAGCAAGAGAGAGGGUGGAAAAGGCAUUGCAGUAUUCCUAUCGAGAUCGUCGGAACAAGAAGCGAGACAUGCGUUCUCUCUGGAUCCAGCGGAUAAACGCUGGCACUCGCCAACAUGGGGUUAAUUAUGGCAACUUCAUGCAUGGGCUUAUGAAAGAAAACAUUCAGCUGAACAGGAAAGUUCUGUCUGAGUUAUCUAUGCACGAACCAUACAGUUUUAAGUCCUUGGUUGACAUCUCUCGCACCGCCUUCCCAGGAAACAAGCACAUUGUUUUUCCUCCCAAAAAAGAAGCCACUUCAAUAAAUGUGUAAUUGACCAAUAGAGCUCUCUUAAUGAGGAAGAACAGAUAACCACAACUCUUCACGGGCAGAUUCUUUAGAGACAAACUAGCUUAAGAAGGCUUGUUAGCUUGCUCCUGAGAAAGAAUGGACAUACUUUCACAGUUUUUGUGGUGCAUUAAUAAUCUCUUUUGAUAUCCUUCUGUUUGGUAUCUGGGUUUUCUAAUGUACCUUUGAACUGGUGCUAUUAGCUGAGAGUUUUUCAGAACAUUUGGCUUUAUGUUAUCCAUGUGAUGGUGAAAAUGCAUAUCCAUUAAUCGGGUGAAAAAUGUUAACCAUCAUUAGUUGUGUUUGUUCAUAUUGGUUUUAAUAAUUGGUAAGAAACAUUCUUUUAAAAA